AUGAGUCAAUCACUGAAGCGCCUAAAAGUAAAGCUGAGGAUCGCAGUGGUACAACUGAAUCCUAGAAUUGGUCAUGUAGACCAAACGUUGGCUAGAAUAAACUCAAUCGUGUCGCGCAUAGAGCGAUAUCGUCCUGAUAUCGUGGUAUUUCCUGAGUUUGCACUUUCAGGUUACAGCUUCCAUUCGCGUUCGCACAUUGAACCGUAUUUGAGUCAACCGACAAACGGUCCGGCCUGGGAUAUAUGCCAGCGCAUUUCUAAACGUCUCUCAUGUAUAACAGUGAUGGGUUACCCGGAGAUUGUGAGAGAAUCUUCUCAGAAGGCAUACAAUUCGGCCAUAGUUGUGAACGCAAAUGGCGAGCUAGUCUUCAACUACCGAAAGGCUUUCCUGUAUUAUACAGAAGAGGAGUGGGGGUGUUCUGAAAAUCCAGCUGGUUUCCAAACUUUCGAUCUCCCCUUUUACCAAAAGGCAUGUGACUCUGACGGCCGAUUAUACGACGUCAGUUUGAAAAGCGCAAUUGGUAUUUGUAUGGAUCUUAGUCCAUAUAAAUUCCAAGCGCCUUUUUACGAUUUCGAGUUCUCAAGCUUUCACUCCGAGCACUCGACUGAGCUGAUUCUUUUUCCGAUGGCAUGGCUUCAUUCUAUAUCUGCGACUCGAGAGUCGAAAAAUCCUGAGCAGCAGAAAAAAGAGAUCGCGCAAUCUCAGCAAAGUCUCGGCUUUCAGUCUCACGGAUCCCAAGGUGAAUACCAGCUGGACAUUUUGUUGAAUGAUGGAACCUGUAUUAAAGAGUCGCCCAGUGCUGUCACGUGUGACUUGCCAGAUGUCCAGGUGAAGUCGGCGUUCUCGCAUCCAGCAGAACCAGACCUGACAAAUGUUGACUAUUGGAUUCUUCGCUUUAUGCCGCUUCUAGCGUACAGGCAGCGUAAGAACUGGUUUUCGGGCGGACUUUUAGCUACAGUUUUGAAAAAGUUCCAAGAAAUACGAACAACGUAUAUGGGAGCCUCGCUAGAGAAACCUUGGUCAUUUGAACACAAAAAUACUGUAGCAGUUAUGUGCAAUCGUUGUGGCGUUGAAGAUGGAACGACCGUUUACGCGGGGUCUUCUAGUGUUUUCAAAUUUAAUGGAAAGUACGGAAAUUUCGAGGAAGAGUUGGACAGCUCUAAUAGAAGCGUUGAGGUUUUGGGAAGUUUAGGUAAGGGAUAUGAAGGAGUUCUCCUAAGAGAUGUCGAAAUAGAGGUACUGCGUGAAGUUGAUGAUAAAGCUAUUGCAAUUGUUCCAGAAAGAACAUGA